AGCAAGAAAUGGGAAAAUGUUUGAUGAUUUAGAGAGGGAUGUGGGAGUUGCGACCAUUUCAAAGCGACCUUCUCGCGAAAACCCCAGGGCCAGCCAAAUCUGUUUCCUCACAGGGGAGAGAGAGCGAUGACGAUGGCGAUACCUGGGAACAUUGUCGUUCUUCUUCUCCUUAUGUUGCUUCUCAUCCUCCUUCUCCUCCUCAUUGCCUGUAAACCAUGGCGUUUCUUUUCAUAUUCCCGUUCUCGCACCAUCAAGGGAGCUCCUUCAUUGGCUUCCUAAUAGCUGGAUUCAGCUCCUUUGAGAUUCUGCUCUCUAAAAGAUGUUUUUUUUUUCCAAAAAAAAACUUUCGUCACCCUCAUCCGCCUGUCUGCCUCCAACCGAUGUUCCUGACCUUGACCUUGAGAGACCCCUUGUCUCUGAUGCUGCGGAUGUCACUCAAAACCAAUUCAGUGAGCUUCCCAGAGAUUAUGAUCUGGAGGGUGCACUUCAAACUGAUGGACAUUUUCGGUCCCCAAGAUUACAAGGACUGAUUCAUAAACAAAGACUGCCACCUUCAUCUCCCCAUUCAAGUCAGGGUGAUAGAUUGGUUCAAGAUGUAGUUCCCAAUCCUUUAGAAGUUAUUUCAGUUGGUCAAACUCUUAAACGUACUUACUUUGCAAACCCAAUUCCAAACCAGAUUCCUGAAGUUCAAAAGCAUGCAAAACUGAGUCCGGGAAGUGAGCAACUCCACGAAAUUGCAAGUCAAGACAUCUCACAUGGAAGAAGUUACCUCACUUUGGAGGUCACCUCCGGUCCUUCUCGUGGAGUUCGUUAUUCAAUACAUUCUGAAAACACAUCGAAGCUCCCAUUGACGCUUGGAAGAGUACCUCAUAGUGAUUUACAGCUGAAAGAUUCAGAAGUCUCAGGGAAGCACGCCUUGAUAAAAUGGAAUCUAAAUAGUAUGAAAUGGGAGCUUGUGGACUUGGGCAGCUUAAAUGGGACCCUAUUAAAUUCUCAACCAAUCAACAAUCCUGAUUCUGGAAGUAGACAUUGGGGUGAACCAGUUGAGCUUGCGAGUGGAGAUGUUAUAACUCUUGGUACAACCUCCAAAGUGUAUGUUCAUAUUACAGCUCAGAUUGAGAACCAUAUUCCCUUUGGAGUUGGUUUGGCUUCAGAUCCAAUGGCUUUACGUCGAGGUGGAAAGAAGCUUGCCAUGGAAGAUGUUUGCUAUUAUCAAUGGCCUCUUGCUGGGGUUGAUCAGUUUGGACUCUUUGGUAUCUGUGAUGGACAUAGUGGAGUAGCGGCUGCCAAAUCUGCUAGCGAAAUGCUUCCGGAGAAAGUUGCCACAAUUCUAUCCGAUCCACUAAAAAGGGAGAGGGUAGUAUCUCUUCAUGAUGCUUCAGAUGUUCUUAGAGAAGCAUUUUCUCAGACUGAAGCUUGUAUGAAUCACUAUUACGAGGGUUGUACUGCCACGGUGCUUUUAGUAUGGGCUGAUAGUGAUGAAAAUUACUUUGUGCAAUGUGCGAAUGUUGGGGACUCUGCUUGUGUUCUGAAUGUUCAUGGGAAGCAGAUGAAGAUGACAGAAGAUCACAGAAUAACUAGCUAUUCAGAAAGACUUCGAAUAGAACAAGCAGGAGAACCAUUGAAAGAUGGAGAGACACGUUUGUGUGGCUUGAACCUUGCAAGGAUGCUUGGUGACAAGUUUCUUAAACAACAAGACCCUCGUUUCAGUUCAGAACCUUAUAUAAGUGAAGUUGUCCAUGUAGAUCAAGGAAGCAAAGCUUUUGCAGUGAUGGCAAGUGAUGGCUUUUGGGAUGUGAUCGGCGUGAAGAAGGCAAUUCAGCUGGCCAUUCAGGCUAGGGAAAGAUACUCGUCAAGUGCCGAAAAUUCAGCCGAAAAGGUUGCGAAUUUUUUGUUGGGGGAGGCUAGAACACUGCGUACAAAAGAUAAUACAUCCAUAAUUUUCUUAGAUUUUGAGGUUUCUAAUAGAAUCACUUGUAAAGUUGAACCAUAAUAAAUUAUGUAUUACAACGAAAUGUUAUAGCAUCAUUUUACUUAGUAAUGAUUAUUAUCUUUUGCCUAA